AUGACUAGAACUAAUAAAUGGACCGUUCAUGAAAGCAAAGCUGAAGCUAGAUAUUUUACUCAUAAUGGUAAUUUUGGUGAAUCACCACAACAUAUAAAGAAAGGUGGUUCCGGUAGAGGAGGUUGGGGUAAAAUUGGUGAUGAAAUCAAUGAUUUAGUCGAUUCUGGUGAAAUUCCUCCUGUUUAUAAUAAGAAGAGAAGAUCUUCUAAUGUUAACAAUCAAAUGAAUGCUAAAAGAUUUGAAGAUAUUCAAAAUUAUCAAAUUUAA